AUGGCCCGUGGUCAUGGGGAACUGGGCAGAGGUGCUGGUCAUACUGAGGCGAGGCAGCUGGCACUAGUUUAUGCUGCAAGUCACCGAGAGGAUAGAGACUCCCCAGAUGUUAUUACGGCAUGCACUGUGUCUGAGGUGUUGGGUGUGAUGUGUGAAAACACUAUGAAUAAGGUUACUGUGUUAAGACCACUAGGGCAGUCUGUGAGAGUAAAUAAACUGUUUAAGGAAGUACCUUUGGAGGUUCAAGGAAGAAUUUUUUUGGCGGAUUUAAUGGAACUCCCUUUUGGGGAAUUUGACUUGAUACUGUGUAUAGAUUGGCUAGUUAAGCAUAAGGCAAAUCUGGAUUGUAUUGCUAAGCGGGUAAUACUGAAAACGGCAGUGGGUAAAGAGGUAGUUAUGAUUAGAGAGCGUCGAAACUAUCUUUCAAAUGUGAUUUCUACAUUUAGAGUUGAGCUGUUGGUUCGUAGGGGUUGCGAGGCGUAUCUAGCCUACGUCAGUGCUUCAAGUUCUGAGGUUAUGUCUAUGAAAAAUAUCAGAAUAGUUAAGGAUUUUCCGGAUGUAUUUCUCGACAAGCUACCAGGGUUACCUCCUAAUUGCAAAGUUGAGUUUGGGAUAUAG